UACAAUCGUGCUGAAAUGAGCAGACCAGCGGUGCUCGCGCUGUUCGAUUAAUAAGUGGAGGCAUUUCUUCGAUUAUAUUUUCCUCACUGAUGCUAACGGCACGUCGUGCGAUGUAGUAGGAGUGCGCGUCGAUCGUUGGAUGGAGUGUGCGGCCGUCGGGUGGAGCAGAGCGUCGAAGUAUGAGCCGGAGCUCCCGAGCUCGUGUCCAUGAACGAUGGAAGAUCCCGACCGUGCGGACCAUUCGCCAGUAGGCUUAGAAGGUUACAGCGACCACACGGCAGGAUGCCACCACCGGGGUUCCGAGGCAGCUGACCGACUCGCUGACGGCCUGGCCGCCGGCGAAGAUGCGGACCACGAUUUCUGGAAAGUUUCUGACGAACUGCUCGCGGCGCAUCUCAAGAAGACACUCAGCCUGAGUCGCUGCGAUGCGGCUCCCAACGGGUGCUCCGUCGUGGGUGUCGGGCCGUCGGACAAGCUCAACGGUGUCGUGCACUGGCACAGCGACGAUGGCGAGAGCCCGCCGCAAUCAGCCCUUCAACGACCUCCUAGCCCGUCCAGUGAUUUUCGUUUGGCAGGCGGCAGCGACGGUGUGCGCGCACCGCCGAGCCCGUGUGCCGACGGUGGCGGCGAGGGCAUCUCGUACGUCGCGUACGAGUCCGAGCGGCAGAUGCCGGACAUUAUGCGCCUGUUUCAGAAGGACCUCUCCGAACCUUACUCCAUAUACACGUACCGGUACUUCAUACACAAUUGGCCACGAUUGUGCUUUCUGGCGAUGGAUGGUGAGACGUGUGUCGGUGCCAUUGUUUGCAAGUUGGAUGUUCACAAGAAGUUGGUCAAGAGAGGCUACAUUGCAAUGCUGGCCGUAGACUCCAAGUACCGCAAAAGGAAGAUAGGUUCUACACUGGUGCUAAAGGCGAUACGGGCCAUGAUAAGCGACGAUGCUGAUGAAGUGGUGCUCGAGACAGAGAUAACCAACAAGCCAGCACUUAGGUUGUAUGAGAACCUGGGCUUCGUGCGUGACAAGAGGCUCUUCCGAUACUACCUGAAUGGGGUUGAUGCCCUGAGGCUCAAGCUCUGGCUGCUAUGAUGACGUGCAAGUGGUGUGGCAAUGGCAGCGACGGCGAGGCAAGAAUUGACAAAGGGUGAAGAAGACUGCUUUGAAAGCCGCCUCGUGCAGAACUGACUGCUUCUUCACCAUCUCGUUUACUGCAGUUAGGGUGGCCGUUAUCUUCCUUCACACUCUUUUAUUUGUUUCCUUUUCUGCUGUCUCUUUAGCUUCACGCUCCCGAACGAGCUAGCUGCCAAAUGCUUCCAUUCAGUGGAUUGUUUCCACUGACCAAGAAAUCGACAAAGCCUGCCAGUUCCAGAAUCAUGUGCUCCGAGUCAAGUUUUUUGUUCUAAAUGGUAGGGCAUUCUCAUUCACCUGGGGUUUAGCAAGUGUCCAGCACCAAAAGAAAGAGCUUUCUGCACAUGGGAAACCUGUUUAUCAAAGCAAAACAAGUAUUGAGCAGCGUGGAUCCCUAAGAGUGUUUGCUCCUUGAGUUCUGCUUGAUGCAGAACUGUGUUUAGCAAAGAAAAUUGCUGUGACAGUAGACUCCUUACAUUUUCUUAAAUUGUGGGGUCGGUCUUUCCUUUCAUGACCAAGGAUCAGAGAAAAGGUUGGUGUAGCAAGGCUUCAACACUUGCGUGCGCUCGUCGAAUGUUUUUCUAUUGUCCGUUCUUUCCAGCAGCUCCAGGCAAAUCAUGUUUUGUUAAUCGAACAUGCAUCUGUUUUUGUUUUAUGCACUGAAAGUUGGCUGGAAGAUAUGAAGGAUAAAUAAAAUAAAGAUAGUGUUGUUAGGACAACAUAAUUGCUUCCGACCAUUUGGCAUUUUCAUUGAGACACUUGCACAGCGAUCAUUCUGUGCUGGCUUGGUUGGUGUGUGGGAUUGUCUAUGGUUAUAUUGAUGGUAAGGAAUAGUACCGAUUCCUUGCUUUGGUGAAGCAGUUCCAAUUGUUUCACCAGUGUUAGCUUGGCUGAUGCUGUAGAAACAUUGGCAGAGAGUCGUUAGGGGGGAGGGGGGGGGAAGCUGAUGGUUAAGGCACCCCAAGUUGUACACAAUGCAACUUGGCAUGUGUACACUCAAUUUUGUUUCUUUCAGUGCAGACUCUUAAUUAGGCAAGAAAUGUUUUUGAAGGAAACCUGCUACAUUUUGCAGUGAAACCUUGUCUAAAAGACUGCUGAGGAGUCUCAUCAUUCUGCACUAUGCUUUAGUUUGACUUAGGCAUAAUGGACUGAUAUGCUCACAACUUUUGAUUCAUCUUUUGCUUGACUGGAAGCUCUGUAUAGGGAUAGAAAAGUGUAUUGUGUGGUCGAUUAGCAUUUCAGUGAAAGGUUGGAAGUAGGUGUUGUUGGAGGCCGUUACAGUAACAUAUGACUUGAAGAUUGUCGGCUGUUGCUAAAAGGAGCUUUUUUUUUUUAAACUUGAAGGAGACCUUACCCUCUACUUCAGUGCGCAUGCUAUUUGGCAUGCUUUCCACGCAUGUGAUCGCCGAGGUCACUACCGACUACACUGGGCAGUUUUUUUUUUCUUUCCUUCGGUCUUCAUUUUAUGCCUGCACUGCAGCAGAACAUUGUAUAAAAGCAAGCCGCCGCACUUGCCAAGAAAGCAUUUUUCUGGUCCUAACAAUCGCCCCUGAGUGAUCUUUUUUGCUGGUGCGGAAUAGAAGUUAUAAGCCUGUUUCCUGGAAGUUUAAUAAAAAUUUAAGUAUGUAAACAAUGUCUCUCUCUUAUCGCUAGCUGCUAGAAAAUUCAGUCUGACAGAGCACACGUGAUCAUGUGGACCAUGUGACACUAAUUUUGCCACAGUCCACUAGGUGACUACUCCGCUUGAUCUCGCACCACCAUUUGCGCCCUGUCAUUUGCUAGUGAGCGAAGUGCUUUGCAGUAUUUCACGGGACAAACGUUGAUUUGGUCACUGAACCUUUUGAUGAAAAGUGGGACAUAUUAGUGCCACUUUUAAGUGAAAUUUUCACGUACUAGUGGUGAAAUAUAACUAUUAAACUUUUUUGUGUCUAUA